AUGUUCGGAGCGACCUCCCUGCUCGGUCGACCAGGUCAGACCUUUGCGCCCCUAGUCGGUUAUAGUAUGCUUUCCGCCUUCACCGGCAAGGAGCUCAUCAGUGAGUCCGGAUCUCUCCUUGCUGUUUCUGUCUCGGAAAAUGAAGCAAUGGGCUCGGUGACCCGCCUACCCAGACAGGCUGAUGAUAAACUCCAGUUUCUGUUGUCAACGCUGCCCGAGGCCAGUUUUAUUCUGGCCUGUUCCGUGCCCCUCUUUGUGGGCUGCCUUCAACUCGUAAUCUGGUCUUAUUACAAGCUCCAUGGCAGCAGUCAGUUACACAUUAAGACUGAGCGUCUUAAGCGAUGCGGAAGAAUGUACUCAGGUGGUGGUAGCCCAGUUGGACCCAAGACACUGUUGUCUGUAUAG